GAGAGAGAGAGAGAGAGGCUUGAGCUAACCUCCUGGCUAUGAUGCGCUGAGAAAGAACAGAAUCUUCAACAUGGCAAGCACCCAGCAAUCUGCACGGGAAUUCCUCCAAAAUGGCCGCACUUUGCUAAUUACAGGUCAUUUAAAUUGUGAUCAUAUAAUUGAAGCCCUAAACAAGUGCAAGCUUUUCAUGAACCAUGAACUUAAUUCAGCUAAAUCUUCAGAAGAUAAUCAGGACAAGAUCAGAAUCAUUCUGGACAUGGUUAUUUCUAUGGGAGAGGAGGCAUGCUACGUAUUUUUAAAAAUUCUUGACAAAAAAAGAUUUCAAGUAUUUCCAAGACCUGGUUUGGGCUAUAGAGAUUUACAUCACUGGAUAAGCUGCUUCUCCUUUCGAGAUGAACCACAGUCUCACACUGCAAGCAAAACAGACUCAGAUCCUUGUACCAAAUACCAGCACCUUUUGAGAUGGAAAGCUAAACAAAUACAGGAUGAAAAAUGGAACCAAAGUAUGAAUUUCUUAAAGAAAGAACAAAAAAUGAAGCCUUUCAUGUACAUACCGCUAGUUAUGGACACUGAUUAUGGUACAGUUUCAAAACAAAAAAAGAACAAGGGAUCCAAAAAAUCUCGCUCAAAGAAACUGAAGACAUACAUUCCAACGGACAAGAAAGUAUUGUCCCCUAAAGACUUAUUAAUGAAUGAUGAAAAAAACAUCCUGCUUGUGGGGAAACCUGGAGUGGGCAAGACAACAGUUGCUCUAGAGAUUCUCCGACUUUGGACUGAAGAGAAAAGUCCAGAGAGUUAUAUGUUUUAUUUUGAUGAGCCACUGAUGAGAGUCUUCUCUCAGACUUCAUAUCCACAGACGUUGAAGGAUCUUCUUUUUGAGAAGUACUUAUCUCCACAAGAAGAAGCAGAUCAUGUGCUGGAAAAUAUUCAGAGAAAUUCAGAGAAUGUUGUACUAAUUUUCGACGGUGUCAUGGAUGUGACUGAAAACUCUGUUAUUAGGCAGCUCAUGGAGAAAAAACUUCUAAAGGAUGCAAAGGUCUUGACCACUUGCAGGCCAGAAGCCGAGGAUACAGGUUACCUGUCAAACUGGCAGUCUUAUCGAGUGGAGGUUCAAGGCUUUAAUCACCAAUCAAUCUGUGAAUACUUUAAAUGGAUGUUGGGAACAACAGAUGACAUGGGAGCUUUGGAAAACCCAGAGCUAUUCAGUUUAUGUUCUGUACCGCUGUAUGCAUUCAUAGUAACUGCCUGCAUUUCAGCAAUUCCCACUAAAGAAAGGUAUAAGCCUUUGACAGUUACUGAGAUGUAUGUCCACAUUUUUCGCUUUUGCAUGAAACAACAUGGAAACCAAAAUGUGGAGUACUUAGAUAAGUAUAUUGCAGACAAUAAGAGGGAUAUCGUGAACUUAGCACAGGCUUCUUAUCAAGCAAUGCAAGCAAGGACCGUGAAUCUGUCUGAUUUAGAUAAUGAAGACAAAUUUGUCCAAAACGCAUUUUUGACAAGGCCAUUAAGGAAUCCGUCUACAACUUCUUGCAACAUGUUUGCCUUUUUGCAUAAUACAAUGCAAGAGUUUUGGGCAGCUCUCUAUCUUACUUUAAAUCCUGACUGUAUCACCAGUGUGUUGGAUCAAUGCCGCAGCGAUGAAGAUGGGAAAUACCUCAAAUAUAUAAUCCCGUUUUUGAUUGGACUUCUCUCUGAUAAUCUAGUUCAACUUAUAAAGUGUUUGGUGCCAGUAAAACAGAUACAGGCCACACGUGCCAAGUAUUUUCAACCAAUUAUAGAUACUUUCCUCUACACUCAAGAACAGAACGAAGAGGGUGAUAAUGAGCAGUAUGUGGAGGCUGACAACAUACUGUUUGUGUGUCGAUGCCUUUAUGAAUAUCAGUCUCCUGAUGCAUGCCUAGUUUUCCUGGAAAAGCUUCAGUAUGAGAUUGAUUUAGAAGACCAAACACUUGAUCCUCACCAGUGCUGUGUAGUAUCCUAUGUGGUUAAUCAAGCUAGGCAUCAGAGUAUUAAUCUAAACCUCAUGGAGUGUAACAUUACUGACCCUGGAUUGAAACUACUUCUAGGCUCAUUGAAAAAUCUCAAAUUUCUCAGGUCAACAAACAUUUUGCAACCACAGAUCUGGAGGGUGGCUCUGGAAGCAGAACAGUUUUCAGAUUUUGAGAGCCUGCUAAAUUUAUUCAGUUUUGAACUGCAUCUCGAUGUUUAUGAAAGACUAAACCAGAAAGUCUUUCAAAGGAUGACAGAAGUCCUUAAAAAGAAAAGAUCAGAUAGUGUUCAUCUUUGUCUGCAUGUAAAAGAAGAACUCAUAACAGCAUCAUUGCAGAUGGCCAUUUUUGAGAGCUUGGCCAACAUCGCAACCAUUAGGGUUUUUCCUAAUAAAUUCCAAGUAUCUGUAGAGGCAAAGCUCUAUCUUCAAGGAGCUGUUCAUGAGAUGGAAACAGGUCAACGAUGUGUAAGAAAUCUGCUGUCUAUUUGCAGCAAAAAUCGAAGAGAAAACUUUGAGGAGCUUUGUCGUAUUUUGCUGAAACUUCAUGAAGAUGGGAAAAAAUUGGGCGUUUCACCAUUUUUGCAACCUGUUUUUUAUGCUUUGCCACCCACAUGGCUUGUACAUCCUUCAACCCCAUCAUUGUCACUGCUCCUCCAAACCAUUAAAGCUCUUAAUUUAAAGAAGCCUGCCGAACUAGAUCAUGCUACGUAUAUGAUGAAUGAACUGAAACUAAUUCUUCAAUGUAUUCCCUACAUUACAGAAAUUAGGUUCAGUGCUGCUCUCAGACAAUCUAAUGAUAUCCACAAAAUUGUGAAGACUGUGGCUGAUCUUUUCAUACUUGCAUCUGAAUGUGGAGAGAAGGAACUUUGGAGCCUUUCUACAGUAUGCAGUUAUUCAAACUUUCCCUUCUCUAAAGACAGCAAGACCUUGCAGAGCAUUUUCUUUCUAGAUCUCUUCAGCCAGCUGAAGGAAAGUUCUUUAUGGAAGACAGCAUUGCAAGCACUAAAGCCUAUUCUCAAUGUUGCCCCUGCUGUAUGGACAGUGGACCUACCAAAACUAGAGAAGACUUCUGUUCUUAUUGAAGUACUAAAGCUUCAGGCCACCAGAAAACCUCUGGAGCUCAUAACAUGCUCGUGUGAAAGAGAAAAACUUAGGGCUUUCCUAAAUUGUUCACACUAUAUUUCAGAAUUUCGCUGUGAUGAACAGUUUUUUCAGACUGUGUGUGAGGUUCUCUCAACUGACACUGAAUGGAAUCCAAAACAGAUAGCUGAGCUGUUGAGAGUCCUUGGUUUUAGCAUUUAUUUGAUAGACAUGCUGCCAAAUCGCCUCUGCAAAGCUGUCGGCAGUGUUUUUGAACUGCUGGAAAACAACGACAUCUCUAUCAGUCUUCUCCCUCAAAAGAUCUCUAAUCAAGGUUGUGCCUACCUCUUUUCAAAUCUGAGAAAAUUUCAAACCUUGAGAGUAAAUGAAAUUGCAGUUUCAAAGUUGGCACAACUGAUUAGGUCUGGUAAAGUUACACAAUCUGUAACUGUGGCAGAACUGUCUGUGGUUUUGUCUGACUCUCAUCUGCCAGAAAGAGAACUUUGCCGGCUAGUUAGUUACCUGACUUUCCUUCUCAGAAUCUGGACAGUCCACAACUUAAACCUGGAGUUUAAAAUUAAGCCUCAGUUGCUCAUUUGUCUGCUGUCUCAUCAGGGUGCCUUUUCCAUUAGCAGGUUUCACGAAGAUACUCUGCAGCAACUAGCAGAAGUUGUGUAUGAUUCUCAGGAUGAAAAUCUGACACAGUUAUUUCUGGAGAAAAUGGAUGGUGACUUGUCAGCUUGUAGUUUGUCAUGGGAUGUUUUGUCUUAUCUAAUUCAAGUUUCCAAACAGCAAGUUACACUAGACCUUCCAGAAGGCAGAUUUAAUGUCCAAAACAUUCCAAGACUACUUCUUGUUCUGGACACGGUGUGCUUUAAAAGGAUAAGCCCCCGAUUUGUCAGGGCUGCACUGAAUCAGAUAUAUCAAGAACGAGCAGGUCAUCUAAUUGUAAAAUUAGUCAAAACUUCAGCUAACCUGAUUAACUUCAGCAUGCGAGAGUUGGAUUCAGCUGAUUGCAAAGCCCUCUGCUUUGCUCUGCACUAUAGUGAUGGAGUUAAGCUCAACCUGAUGAACUCUGUUAUUCCACAAAAUGAGAUUGACAGCAUUGUAAAACUUAUGCACAGAGUUUCCGAACUGAGGAUUGAUAGAAAGCUGUUGUUGAGCUUUCUUCAUGCAUCAAAAGAUGUGAAAAAACAAGCACAUGCUCUCUUAAUUGCUCUGAACCACAAACUGGACUUUUCCUGCAGUUCUUCCCUUGGUAGUGGUCGUUUUGCUCAAGAGAAAAGGGAUCAUCUCAGUCUGAGUCAUAUGGAUUUUACAUCCAUUUCUUUUGCCAUUGAAUCAUCAACACUUGACAUUGAAUUAAUUUUAUGUGACUGCCAAGCAGGUGAUUCUGCACUUGAGGCACUGCUGCCUAUUUUGCACAAAGUUCAUCUUCACAUGGACAAAAGCCUUCUCUGUCAGCUUCUGACUUUGAUUUCCACUGCUUCCAAUGCUAUGUCUUUGAAAUGGGCAUCAUCACUUUCCAAAGCACUUGGAAAAGAGCUAGACCUCAGUGAAACUCCACUUGACUACCAAACCUGCAAGGCUCUGGAGUUAAUCCUGGAUAACUCAGAUGGUUUUACACACCUCAAUCUCAGCCAUUGCCAGAUUACAGAUGCAUGCUUGGAUCUUUUGCUCCCUCAGCUUCACAAAAUACUGACAUUAGAUCUUACUGGAAAUUACAUAACUGACAAAGGUGUCGAGAGAUUGUGUAUGUCCUUAGAUGUAAACAGCUUCACAAAGUCUAUAUGCCUUUGUGACAACCACAUAACAGAAAGUGGCUUCCUUGUGAAAGAAGCUCGCCUUGAAACCCAACCGCCUAGAUGCUCACAACCACAGGAUUUGGGAUCUAAAAGCAAAAUGAGAAAAGCAAUGACAGGUUUUGUUAAGUCACAGAUGGAAGAUCCUAUAAAGGAGAUAGAGCCUGAAACUAGGCAUAAAUAAUGGCAGCAUUUUCUAUAGGUUUCAGUGUGACUCAGAAGGCCUUUUCAUGUGCAGAGCCACUGGACUUGUGUUUGGAAUGAAAAGCAGUGGAGUGUAGAGUACGGUGUAGUUCACGGGAUCUCCAUCUCCUCAUCAACACACACUAUAGCCUGCUGGACCUUUAUUUGAUAUCAAACCCCUGCAGGAGAAAUUUAUGAACUUCACCUCCCACACUGUGAAACACACUUUGAUGCAAUAGGAAAUCUUUCUAUUAUCCAUGAACAAAAUAAGGACACUCGGGAAUUCCUGUCUCCAGUUAAAAAUUUCAAAAACGCAUUGAGCUGUAAAUUAUCUCUGGCUUAUCUCCCUAUGGCACUGUGUAUGAGAAUGAUCAACAAACAGGAAGCAUCAGUGGACAAAGUGCUCCUGUUUCAUGAACCUGAUUUGUCAGAAGCACAGCAAAGACUAUGGGUUUUCCUAUUGCCAGGAAACGUACCACUCUCAGAGAUAAAGGCUCGACAACAAUAGUAUGUGUAUAUCCAUACCACCUCUGACUGUAAACUAAAGACAAAGCAAAGUACAUUCUGAUCUCGAAAAAAGCCACAAGAGUCCAACCAAAGGGAAAAGUAUUUGAACUCAUGCAUGCUGGUAAUUACCAUCCUGCAUUUGAGGUCUUUUUUGAUAAAGAUGUUACUGAAUUCCGAAUUAAAUUCAGCGUAAAAUGAAGGAAAGCAAUAAGAUACCUUUAAAACUGCAUGGAACCGUUGGAUAACUCUCAAGAAAAGCACAGAUAAAAACACACACUCGCAAGCUGAAGAACAUUCAAUCCUUGGAG